UACGGUUUCAUACAACUGUAGACAAAGUAAGUGGAGUGCGUCAUUCAAUCAAUUUGGAAUCGUGAAAUAUUGUAAUAUAUUCUGUAGUUCCAAAGAGGCUGUUUAGAAUUUGAUAGUGUUUAGAACAUGUCUGGUACAUCUCAAAAAUAUAGAAAUUUUGUGGCAGAACCCAUGGGUGACAAACCUGUGACGGAUCUUGCAGGCAUUGGUGAAACUCUUGGCGGUCGUCUUAUUGAAGCUGGUUUUGAUAAGGCGUACACUGUACUGGGCCAGUACUUGGUUCUAAAAAAGGAUGAAGAACUAUUCAAAGAAUGGAUGAAAGAUACAUGCAAUGCUAGUUCAAAACAAGCCUCAGAUUGUUACAACUGUCUCAACGAUUGGUGCGAGGAGUUCCUGUAAAUAUUGGAUUUGUGUAAUUUUGGUUUUUUUUAUGUCGAACAAGUAUUUUUAUGUACUCACUUUUUAACUAAAUCGAAUUCAAAAACUAUUGUAUUUUUAUGUCAGUUAGUAUUAGAUAAUAAAAAACUAAAACAAA